AUGAUUAAUUUAAUUUUAUUUUUAACUUUUUGUAUUCUGUCAAUUAGCGGUUAUUACGUUCCUGCAAACAAUGAAGAUUGGACAAUUUUAAAACCAGAAUGUCCAAAACCAAAAGGUUCUUUCGAUACAUUACCUUUUUAUUUCGGUAUUGUAGUUAAUCCAUAUAUAAUUACUUCAGAUGGUGAAUUAAAAGAACCUAAAAUUUCAUCAAUUGAAAGAACAAUUACAACUAGUUUUAUUACUUCAGUUGUUACAAAAGCUCCAAAACCUACUAUUACUUCAGAUAUUGCUGUUCAAAUUCAAGAUGGUCAAGUUCAAAAAUUUGAUAUUGAUGUUGAAAAGAGGGAAAUAUUGGAUGAUAUCGAAAAAGAUCAAGGUCAACAAAUUCAUUCAAAUACUUUUAAAAGAAAACAUUUAAGAAAAUUGAGAAAAGGUAAAAAAGAUAAAGGUGAAAAAGGUGAAAAAGGUGAAAAAGGUGAAAAGGGGAAUAAAUCUGAAGAAACCGAAGGUGAUCAUAAAGAUCAUAAAGAUCAUGAACAUGAAGGAGAUGAUAAAGAUCAUAAAGAUCAUAAAGAUCAUGAACAUGAAGGAGAUGAUAAAGAUCAUAAAGAUCAUAAAGAUCAUAAAGAUCAUAAAGAUCAUGAACAUGAAGGAGAUGAUAAAGAUCAUAAAGAUCAUAAAGAUCAUGAACUUGACCAUGAACAUGAAGGAGAUGCUAAAGAUCAUGAUCAUGAACACAAAAAUAAGUAUGAAGAUUAUGAUGAUUAUUAUGAUGGUAGAAAAGAUGAUAAAUAUGAUGAUUAUUAUGAUGGUAGAAAAGAUGAUAAAUAUGAUGAUUAUUAUGAUGGAAAAGAUAAAUAUGGAAAAGAUUAUGAUGAUUAUUAUAAUGGUAGAAAAGAUUAUGAUGAUUUUGAUAAAUAUCCAGAUUAUGAUGAUUAUGAUAAAAAUAAAGACGAUUAUAAAGAAGAAUUUGAAUCACCAGUUUAUUCAGUUGCUUGCUAUACUAAUGCAACAUUAAAAAUGAAAUUAAAAGAUUCAAUUUUAACUGAUUCAGAUAAUAGAAUUGGAUGUAUUGUUCAAGGACAUCAAUGGCAAUUCGAUGGACCAACACCACAACAUGGAGCAGUUUAUGCAGCUGGUUGGUAUGUUACAAAACAAGGUCAAUUAGCGUUAGGAAAUUCAACAAAAUUUUAUCAAUGUGCUUCUGGAAAUUUUUAUAAUUUAUAUGAUGAACCAAUUGGUUAUCAAUGCCAUCCAGUUACAUUAGAUGUAGUUGAAUUAAUUGAAUGUUAA